AUGGCUGGUUUUCUUGGUAUCCCGCCAGCAGUGCUCACAGAUUCUUAUAAGCCUACUCAUGCGUUUCUGUACCCCGAGUCUAUCAAGAGUGUAGCGUAUGGUGAAUUUAGAAGCGGGUUUAAUGGUGACAAAGAAGAUACUCGUUUAUUAUUUCAUGGGAUUCGAUACAUAAUUGAAAACUAUGUUUCUGUGAAAUGGACUUUACAAGAUGUUGAAUUGGCAGAAAAAUUCUAUGAAACUCAUAAUGCCGGAUACAAAAAUUUUCCUUUUCCAAAAGACUUGUUUCUCAAGUUUAUUAAAGAAAAUGACGGGUACUUUCCAGUAAAAAUUGAAGCUUUACCUGAAGGUACUGCUUGUCAUGUACAUACUCCUGUUUAUCAGAUUACAGCAGAAAAAGAUUAUUCAUUACUGUAUCCAACAACUGUGGCAACACUUUCACGCCGUGCACGUGAUGUCAUUGAACAAGCAUAUAACGAUACCGUUGAUGAAGAUGGAUAUUGGUCAUUGGAAAGUCGAUUACACGAUUUUGGCUUCCGGGGAUGCACUUCAUUAGAACAAUCUGUAAUUGGGGGAACUGCCCACCUGAUCAAUUUCACUGGAUCUGAUACAAUGAGUGCUGGUUUCUAUGCUCAAUUUAAACUCAAUAAUGGAAAUCCUAUCGCUACCUCCAUCCCAGCAACUGAGCAUUCUGUUAUGACAGCGCAUAAGACUGAAAAAGACGCUAUUUUGCGUAUGAUCGAUCGGUUUGGUUUUGGAGUGUUUGCUUGUGUGAUGGACUCUUUUGAUUAUGCCAACGCGUUAAAUAAUAUUUUGCCAUCAAUUGCUGCUCAAAAGGUUGAAAAGGGUGGUUUCAUGGUUCUUAGACCUGAUAGUGGUGAUCAAGUGGAAGGUUAUAAACUUAUUAAAGGUUGUGGUGUUAUUCAAGGUGACGCUGUUACCAUCGACUCCAUGAAAAAAAUUUUGCGUGCCGCCAAGGAAGCAGGUUAUUCGGCACAAAAUAUCGCGUUUGGUAUGGGUGGUGGACUAUUACAGAAAGUUAAUCGCGAUUCAAUGAGCUUUGCUACAAAAUUGUGUCAUAUAACUUAUGCUGAUGGAUCUCAAAGGGAUAUCAUGAAAUUUCCAAAGACAGAAACCGGAAAAAUUAGUUUGCCCGGUGAAUUUGUCGUCAAGAAAAAUGAACAUGGAGUGCCAAUCGUUUAUCCUAAAGAAUGCUGUGCUGAAAAUGAUCCUGAAAACCUCCUGCGUGUGGUUUAUGAUAAUGGUAAAGUCAUUGAAUGGGAUGAUUUCGAUACUAUUCGUAAACGUGCAGCUAAGGAAUGGUCAUGUUUACCGCGCUCCUACGACAAUAUUAGUCCGGAACUUAAAGCGAAAAUUUCAAAAUGCAUUCAAGAGAUCAAAAGCAGACUAGAAAA